AUGAACGUCCGAUCGGGCAUUAUGGACCCCCACGCCCUGACCUACGCCCAUGUCCAGGGCAUGAAUUGGAAUUCUCUGUGCCGAUACUGUAUCCACAGAAGAUGCGCGACGCCGGUGCUGGCCACAACCGCCAGCGCCAGGGCCUUUCGUGAAUACGUGAUCGACGAUAUGGUCCGCGCGAGGCGCUAUAGCUACGCGCGGGGCCUGUGGUCCAGUUGGCAUCUCGGCCGUGUCGUCGGCCACGUCUGCGUGAAGAACGAGGUCGGGGAGAUGCAGAAGGGGUACUUUGUGACCGUGCGCGAAGAGCUGGGCUGGACCGGCUUGUUUUUCCCUUCGCUAGGCGAGUUGGUCGAGGUUGUGCCUCCUGGCGCGCUGGACGUCGCGAUUCCCGACCCCAUGCCCCUCGCGGGGCUGUUCUUCAACACCGUGUACGCCAGGGUGUCACGUACCCUCCCCGACGGCUCCCCCUCGCAUAAGUGGGCGAAAGCGGACGUACUUCCGUAUGACGGGGCGUGGCGCUUCGGCGUGCGCGAGGGGCCGGUGGUCGUGCGGGAACCGCCCAUUCUGCCGUACUGCGCGGAGGCGGAGCGCGCGCUCCGUGCGCGCGGCGAGGACGUGUGCCAGUAUAGGCCCAUUGACGCCGCGCGGGGCGUCCUGAUCGAGGUCACCGCCGUGCUCGGGCUCAUGCUCGCGGCGGAGCACGACGUCAACGGGCCUGGCCUCUGCUCACCGCGGGGCUUCGGGCGAUUGUACCGCCGCGGCUUUAUCGUCUACCGAGGGGCAUGUACCACUACCUUGACGCAUCAUGACUGGAAUGUUGAACAGUGA